AUGGCCAUAUGUUAUCCGAGGAAAUCCAGGCGGAAGAGUACCGCCGCAUCCCCUCGCUACUCACUAACGAAACUGCAAUCGGCCCAAGUCACUGAACACCAACCAGAGGAAGAGAAUCGCAACUCAAUCACCAGUUCUCGUCUCGCCCUAGUUGAAUCAGACUAUCGCCUCCCCCCACCACAGUAUCCGACGAACGAAGCCCAAGAGCCACGUCUGCCGACCAGACCCCAAUCCUACCCUAGAAAUCGAGGGUCUCUGGAGCACCGCAGUCUCAACCAACACACUAACUACCAGCAGGUAGCGCCGGCGCCUGACCCUACGCCUCCCAUCAACCGACAACCACCAAAACAGCCCAACGGCCAAAGUUCCACCAAACAGAGUGGGGAAAACUGA